CGCAGGGAGGCCUAUCAUUGAAGACGAAUCCACGAAUAGAAUCGCCAACCAUGGAAGACAAAUCCGCUAUACCGUUGAAAGGAAUGGAGUCGAUACUAGCCACAGUGAGCGGAUACCAUGGCGCCGAGAGAUUCAAUCUAAUCAGACUAAUAUCAAGAACUGGCGCUAGUUACGUCGGAAGUAUGAAUCAAUCUGUUACUCAUUUGGUCUGCUGGAAAUUUGAAGGAAGAAAAUACGAGCUUGCGAAGAAGCUCAAGAUAAAAAUUGUUAAUCAUCGCUGGAUUGAGGAAUGUGUAAAGAAAGGAAAGCGUGUUUCGGAGGAACCGUACACGUCUCAGAGUGGGGAAGAAACAGGACCUCUGUGUUUGGACGUUCGGUUGGGGAUUAACCCGACAAGCGCACGAUCUAGAGCAUUGAAGAACACUAAAGAACCUGUGAUUGAUAUUGAAUGUGAAGGCAUAUAUGAUCGUGCUUGGACGGAAUUGCUUCUUUUUGAUGAGGAUCCCUUUCCUCAGCAGAGGCAGAAUGGCCGUCGUUCUAAUAGAUCAGCUAGGAAAGCAAUUGAAAGAAGUUUAAGGAAGGAUUGUCCUAGUAGCAGCAGAUAUUGCCUUGAGACUCCAUCAGGGCCAACAGUUAUGGAGCUUGAGGAAGCAAGCACUUCUCUGCCUGCAUAUUCUUGUAGACAGAGAAAAAGGAAUUCAAUUUCACCAGAAAGUCAGGGCAAAGGCCGUAGGCUGGUCAAAAAGCGUAUAAGCAUGGACGAUUGGUUAUUAACUUCAAAUGUGGAGGAGUACAAGGAGGAUAACGUAUUACCUGAGAAUAAUUUCAGUAGAAUUCUGUCCGAUAGUUCAGAUGUCGAGAGGGACCAAGGUUUACCUAAUGGGCGCAUAUCUGAUGCAAGGUGCUUCUUGAGUGGGCAAGAUGAUGGUGAUGGUUGUGAUGGUCUUGAAGAGAAUGAGGAUGUGAAUGCUGGAAAUCUGAACCCACAUAUUCAUGUUGCACAAUCUUCCCUCCUUGAAACUUCAGAUGAACUCAAAGUUGCUGCUAAUGAGGAUUUCAUUGAUGUUGAUCCUGGUAGCAGACUACCUGCAUCAAGUGAGUUCUCAUGUGUUAUAUGUUGGACGGAUUUCAGUUCCACUAGGGGAGUACUGCCAUGUGGUCAUCGAUUUUGUUUCUCGUGCAUCCAGAACUGGGCAGACCAUAUGGCUUCAAGAAAGAAGACUUCAACAUGUCCUCUGUGCAAAGCUAGUUUCAUAUGCAUAACUAAAGUGGAAGAUGCUGUUUCUUCAGAUCAGAAAAUAUAUUCACAAUCCAUUCCUCAUGACCAUUCGAAAACUGACCUAUACAUUCUUCCUGAUGAAACAUGUGGUCCUCCCAGUAAUCCAUCAGCCAUAGUUUGUUGUCGAUGCUUCAGUAGAGAACCUGAGGAUCUUCUUAUCAGAUGUAAUUUCUGCCAGACUCGAUGUGUUCAUUCCUACUGCCUUGAUCCCCUAUUGUUGCCAUGGAUCUGUGUCCACUGCAAGGAUCUCCAAAUGCUUUACCUCCACAGCCGUUAGGUCACUUGAACUAAUUUUUAUGUAUCGUGCAUAGUCAGUAAUUUUUUGCACAUAAAAGUUUCAUUUCACGAAAACUAGCAUGGGCAUUUUGGUUGAACAGUAUGUCGGUCUUUGUCCUCACCAUUUGGUCCCAUGCCCCACCAUUUACUGUUGGAACUCUAUAUGUUACUCGUUUUUGUAGUGCUGAUAUGAGCGUUGCUGAUAAUUUACCAUACAAUUACUGAACUUAUUUGUAAUUUUAUCUCAUCAAGCAGUCCCCCUUA